CUUAAUAGACGCUGCUCCUCCCUCCCUCCCUCCCUCCUUCCCUGUUUGUUGCCCCUCUUCCCUGUCUGGCUCCAUCUCUCUGGGCCUUCCUCCUCGGUCCUCCGGGAAGAAGGAAGGAAAGGAAGGAAGAAGGAAGGAAGGAAGCAAGGAAGGAAGGAGGCCUCGGGGAGGGGCCCCAGCGCCCCGCCAGGCGUCGCCCGACCCUCGCCCAGCUCUCCGGCCCCGCUCCCGCCUCCCUCCCUCCCCGCAAGCACCCCGCAGGUACCAAAGUUGCUGUUAAAGAAGUAAAGCCCAGGAACACAACUCCUUUGUUAAGUGAGAAAAUGAUGCAUCCUGUUGCAAGCGGUAACUCCCCUUUCUGUGGGACUGGAAAGAGUUCUUGUCUUAAUGAUGACAGCGGGACACCGGCUGAUCAGUUUGAUUUAUAUUCUACACAACAGACAAAGUAUAGUCACACGGUCAGCCACAAGCCAAUUCCAUGCCAGAGACAAGAUCCAUUAAAUGAGCCACAUUUGCAGACCACAAGUGGCAGGAGUAUAGAGACGAAAGAUGAACUAAAGAAAAAGAAAAACCUCAACAGAUCUGGUAAACGUGGAAGACCUUCGGGGACCACAAAAUCGGCGGGAUACAGAACGAGCACAGGUAGACCGCUGGGGACCACCAAAGCAGCUGGAUUUAAGACAAGUCCAGGUAGACCCUUGGGUACAACUAAAGCUGCAGGAUACAAAGUCAGCCCAGGGAGACCUCCAGGUAGCAUUAAAGCUUUAUCACGGCAUGCCAAUCUAAAUUAUACUUAUAGCAGUGCAGCUUUUCCUUACUCUGUGGUGCAUAACAGAGGUGUGCAUGCUGCUGGUGAAACAAGUAGUAAAAUCAAGCAACCCACUGAGUGAAAAAAAGAGGAAUUAGAUGACAUUUCCUCAGUGGUGUGUUUUUUCACUUCUUUUGUAACAUUUCCAUAACUUUCUUUUUUCCAUUUUAUUUUUUUAAGAUGUCAUAUCAUAAUCAUGUAUGUUUCUUAAGUUUACAAGUGGACUCCUUAGUGAUGCCCUUGUUUGUUUCCAGAAAAUAAUUACUAAUAUUCUAAAUGACAAAAUUGUCCAUUUUAGUUAAGUGGUUAACAACUGAAAUAGAGGAAUUCUGUCUCCUAGGUUAUUUAAAGUCACAAUAAAGAGUUGGUCAAAAAUAUAUCAAAGUAGAUGAACAGAAAUGAAUCAUUUAUUACUGUGUUACUAAUAAUGGCUCUGUAAAUUUUGCUAUGUAUUUUUCUUUUCUCUUUUCCUUUUCCUUGUUUAAAUAGAGAGUAGAAACUAAAUUUUCCACAGUUGCUGGAACUUAACACGGACCUCAGAUAUUUGUAGAUAUUUCAAAAUUUCAAAAAUAUAUUUUUAAAAAAGUUGUCAUUCCAGGUAGUCAUUGUGUUGAAGUGCUAUCAGUUUCAAGUAACUCAGUUUUUUUAAAAUCAUGUAUAGCACCUGGUACAUAUUUUGAAGUGCUAUUUUGCCAUUAAAGUCUGGCAGUUCUCCUGAAUAUAUUAACUAUUGGACACUGACAUACACCUAAGACUACACAUACCAAAUUACAAAUAAUUAUAUGUCUGAAAUGUUUCACAAAUAAAUUCUGAAAAGUGCUAUCAAAUAUGCAUAUAAUGUAUAGGCACACUGAUGAUUGUGACUGAGAUUAUGCACAUUUUUGUGCUUUUAACUUCAGCUGAUUUAAGUGACAUUGGGCAUACACAUAUGUAUAUUAUGUCCAAAAUCUGUCCAUAAAUAUAUCAGUUUCAAGUGACUUUACAGUAUCUGCGUAGAUGGCAGCAGUUUUUUAAAAAUAUUUGUUGUGGCUUAAAUUUAUACCUUUCAGAUAGUGGAUUUUGUCAUUUUUAACAAUAUCGUUAGUAGAAGUCUUAUUAUUUAUCGCGCAUACUGUAGCUAAGAGAGCAUAUAUCUACCAAAGGAAGACAUUUCAUGGUUCAUAAUUGGAAAUGAAACAGUUGAUGCACAAGCAAGUUGUAAUUUGAUGUGUUUAUAGACCCCAGAUAUAUAACAAACUAUAGGAAUACAUCUAUGCAUGGAGGUGCAGAACUAUAAAUACAUUUUCUGACAUUUUGUGCACCUAAAAUAAAUGUUCUACAUUGAGUUGGGUAUGUGUUGUUAUUUUAAAAUGUUUGUGUGAGAAAGAAAUACAAUGUAUAAUACACACAUUACAUUGUAAUUGAAGAAAACUCUCAUUAUUGAGUAUAUUCCAAAUAUUUCUUUAGAAUUAAAGCUAUUCAGAAACUAAGUUUACAUAUAGUUAUAGAUAAAAAAUAAAAUAAAAUUUUAUCUUCAAAUACAAAUGAGAGAGAGACUAUAGAUGCAUAAUUACAAAUUCAUGGGACCAGAAAUCUUUCAGGUUAAUUAGAGAGGUUAAAAUUAACAGUAUUGUUUUUUUCUUUGUAAGAUAAUAAUGUUGUGGCCUGCUGACAUUUUGAUGACAACUCUGAUUUCAGUAAUGACAACUUAAGAAAUGGAUGUCAUUUCAUGCCUUUUUUAUCAGGAAAAAAGCAGCAAGCCUUCAGGUGUUCCAGUGAUGCCUAACUCAUAAUGAGCUGGACUUUAUCCUGUAUUUUAUAAUAGGUGUUGAAUUGUUUUGGGGGGACUUUGUAUGCACUGGCAACCAUGAACCUCAACAGUACUGGAAGGCUCUUUAAUCUUGUAAACUAAUGGCAGCUAAACUGCUAGUAAAAUCAAGUUGUUGUUUUUUGCUGAAGCUAUGAAGUUCAUUAUAUAUAUUUCCUCAAGAAACUUUGGAAGUAUGACAGUUAUUAAUUUUUCCCACAGUGGUGCAACUUUUGACACACACAGUUCUAAUGUGAGCUAAUUAACCCUCAGGACAUACAUUGCGUUGGCUCUUUUUGUUACACGGUAUUUUUCUUUCCAACCAAAAGGCUGCUUCAGAGUCUUUCUGAACUGUCUUGGAAAGCAGCUGAAUGUAAAAACUACAAGAAUGGCACACAUUUAUGGCAAGGAGCAAACUGCAUGUCACCAGUGUACCUUUGAGUAACUACUCCUUACCUCCUCCUUUCUCAUGCUGUUCUUCUUUUACUUCUGACAUGUGCAUCUACUCAGAGAUGCUGUGCAGCAUUUGGAAGUUAACAUUAAAUGCAUUGUUGCUCUAAUGUAAUGGAUUUUGUAUUCAAGUAUGCUAAGAAAAUAAUGAAAUUAUGUAAGCAAUUUAUGCUCAUUUAUAAUGUUUAUUUUAUCAGAUGGAAAACACCCAUUAAAAAGACUAAUGUUGUCAGUUGUGAAAAACAAACACUUUCCCAUUUCUCUCAAGGGCAGUUUAACACUCUGGAUUUGUUAAUGAGGCCAGAAGAACACUGUUGGGCAUUUCCUGAUUCCAGUUCAUUUUAUCUUCUAUUGUGGUUUACAAGUGCCAUGCUGUUGGGGGUGGGGGAGGAGGGGAUAGAAAUCAACGACCUGGGAUGUUUGAAUGGUAUAUUCAAAUAUUUUUGCUACUCCUGUAUAUAGUCAGAAUACAUUGUGCUAUUCUUUUUUUUGUAACCCUGUCUUUUGUCAUGACAAACACUGAAACAGCAUGUUAGGUCUUAUACUUUGAUAUUAUUGAGCAGUGGGAGGAGGAAUGUCCUUUCUCCUUGUAGUAUUAAUACAUGAUUUGUAAAGCAAAAUGAUAAUUUUAUAUUAUAUACUUCACCUCUGCUCUGCUCUUCAUAAACUAGGAUUGUUGAUGUGUAUUGGCACGGUUCAGAAAAUCUACAUGUCAGACUUGUGGUUUGCUUUAGUUUGAUUAAAUAUAGCUUUUUUAUUUCAUCUUUUGAUAAAGCAUUUAGCAUAAGCAUUAAUACUGAAGCCUCUACAUUAAACACCUACAGAAAUUAUGAAUCACUUUCUAAUGAAAUUUACGUAAACUAUCGAACCAGAUAACUUCUAACUAUUACUGUAUUUUUGAAGUCUUGCACUGGAUACUUUGAUAAUCUUGACACAGCCAUUGGUAAAAGUUUAAUCACAAAGGGGACUAACUAGUUUGAAAAUAGCACUUUUUAAAAAGACUGGCAGUUUCUUUCAAUGAACCUAGAUUCUUUCUUGUAUUGCAGUUUUCUUAAUAUUAAAUGUCACUAGUCAGGAUUCAUCCAGCAUUGUUUUGCAGUGGAUCAAUUUUAUUAUAUUUCAGAUUUCUUUUAGUCUUUAACAAACCCAAACAAAGCAAAGUGAGUUAUAUGGGAUGAGAAAUUCCCUGAUCUACAGGGCAGAAGGCAGUUAAUAUCAGAACAUUAUUAUUAUUAUUUUACAUUUUGAAGGGCUUUGAAAGGCAGAGUGGUAUAAAUAACUUUAGUUCUAUUUCAUAAGUUGUCAUUCUCCUUUUCAUUCCUGUAUGCACAGUAAAGUAUAAUGCAACUUACUGAAUACAAAACAGUUACAGUACUUGCAGUCAAAGCUUUUGAUUUCUGCCUGUACUCACAUACUUUUUAUUAUAAAUAUAUUUAACAUAGUUCAAACAUAGAUACACAUCAGAAAACACUAAAGCAGCAUUUCCUUUUAAUUUGUUUCCAAAUAGGUAUCUCAUUUAGAAUCUGCAAUGUAUAAAUCAGUUUCCUCUUGAAAGUUAGUAACAUUAUUAAAUUUUAAGAAAUUUAUCCUUAAAUGGGUCACAUCCAUAUUUUCUUCUUCCACAAUUUGUGUUUCCCAUGAAAUGGGUUAUUUUUGGUGGAAACAAUUGCUCAUUAAAUAUCAACACCUUGUCUUCUGCUGUAAAAAGUCUGAUUAGAUACUGUAUAUGUUAAAUCCAUGAACUUCAGCUACUCGUGUGCAAUUGUCUGUAUGGGAAUGGAGUAGUGUUCAUGAUCUGUAUUUACGUCAUCAUAUGGAUGUAUAUUUAUUAAUAAAGCAAUUGCUCUAAACACCAA